UCCGCCAUACCGAGGUGCAGUGGAUGUGUUGGUUGUUUCGGAUUUCAUACGCAAAAGAUCCGGUGUCACCCUGACCUGACACAGCACCUAGCGCCAAUUAACGUUGUGUACGUUAAUGUUUGUGUGCACGUGGUAGUGUCACUGAUAUAUUUCACGGAUUCCCGAUUAAAUCGUAUUUCACGUCAUGACCCCGUACAAACUGUCCCCCGAGGAUUGGAAAGACGCGGCCAUGAUGUUGAGGGACCGUCAUAGAAGUAUUAUGGUGUAUGGACUGCUGAAAAAGCUGAUGGAGGGGAAGUGGGAAGGGUUCGAGAUGUGGGUGGACAGCUGGCCAGAGUUCAAAUCUAUCGUCAUGAAACCGUCCGGCGAAAAGCAGAUGGACCCCUACACCGGCAAGUAUUAUAUCGUUGACAGUCAAGACGUGGCGAGUAUGACGUCACUCCUUGACGACCCACGGAUCAUCACUUGGAAUGACGACAUCAAACUUGGCGUGUCCGACACGGUGUGGCCUCUGGUGGAACAGAGAGCCAAAGAUAGAGGCAACAUCCGUUGGCUUGCAGAUACACCGAUAUAUACAGUAUCACGUGACACAUUAGUUGACAUAAAACUACCGGAUGGAUUUCAAGAAGUACCCUUUGGUAGUGACGCUCUCUCGCACGUGAAUGAAAACUGGACAUUCAGGGAACCCGGUUUUGACCAGUUUACACAUCUGUUGGUCGAGAGAGGCUAUCCGACAGUCUGUUUCCGAGACCCGACAGGGGCACUGGCUGCCUACGCUGCGACUCAUUUCCACAACUUGCUGGGCUUGCUGAUUGUACUUCCGCCGUUCCGGGGAAAGAAGUUGGGCACCGCUGCAAUGAGUCUACUGGCUCGGAAAACCUUGGAGGAGGAUGACGUUGUCGGAGUGGUCUUGGGGGACAACAACGCGGUUUCCAUCCACUUGCACACGAAACUCGGGUUCAAACCCGUACCGGGUAGUAAGAUUAAGUGGUCCUUGUACACCUGCUCCAAACGAUCGGGUACACCCUAGUAGUAAACAUAGAAUGCGCGUAAGCUGCACUGUGUAAUUCGCAGCUGAAAAUGAUUAUAUUUAUUGUCAUUGAAGUUAUCGUUUAAUAUACAUUUCCAUGAUUCAUCAAGAAAAAGUUCUUCAUAUGUGCAGUCAUACUGAGCUGUAAGAAACAAACAAGGUGUGAGUGAGCAUCGUUUUGUGCCGCAUUUUUAUCAAUAAUGUAUCAGUAUGAAAAGGAAUUAAUAAAUAUUGAGGUUACAAUCGACUAUCAAAAAACUUUUCAUCCACAAUGGCUACCAUCAUUACAAAUGCAGCCUUCGAGAGUAUCACUUCUCGUCAGAAACCAUAUUGUCUUCAUGUAACCAGAAUGUGUUAAUAAGGUCCGUUUUUCAUUUAAAUUUGUUUUCCAGUCACCAGAAUAUGUUUAUAAACUCCUUGAUUACGAUGAAGUGUGAGGAUUUUAUAACACUGCUUAUCUCACAGAAAUAGCGUGAUAUUUAUCAGGUAAAUAUUUACUGAGCAUUUUCUCUUGCAUAUGAUUGGUUGACUUUGGAUAUUAAGGUCAUGGACGCAAACUGCUAUAUUUUCUGAUCGCAUAUUCACCAAGCUUGGAGCAGCUUACCCACAAGACAACCAACAGCUGGAGAAGCUUUAGUCAAAGCAAGCAGAUCAGGUCACUGUCGCUUCACGUAUAAGUUCUUAUUCGCGAGCCAAUAGUCAGAAUGUGGUUUUAAUGUGAAACGCAUGCCUACAUUCUCUAGCUACGUACGUCAAUCUCUGUCACAAAACAUUCUUUUUCAGAACGUAUUUGAAAAAUAAACCAGAACUGCUU